AUGAAGGUCUCUGCAGCUGGAUUGGCUCUUCUCCUCAUUUCAGCCUCCUUCUCCCAAACUUUCUCUGGACCAGCUGGACUGGAGAUCCCAACCUGCUGUUUCACAUACAGCCAGCACAAGCUGCCACGGAGGCUCAUCCAGCACCAUUACAGCACCAGCAGCAACUGCCCCCAGCCAGGCAUCGUGUUUGUCACAAAGGAAGGCCGCCAGGUCUGUGCCAAUCCUGAAAACAACUGGGUCCGAAGCUACCUGAGAAUUUUGGGGCAGAACUGA